AUGCAAAAUAAAAAUAUUAUCCUUUUAAUAUUUACUUAUCUCGAAUUAGAUGAUUUAGCAAGAUGUGAACUUGUAUGUCUCAAUUGGUUUCAUUUCAUCAAUUCAGAUAGCAUAUAAACUAGAAAUAUUUUCAGCAAAUUUUAUUAUAAUAGCUUUCAAUAAUUUAAAUGGCAUGCCAACAAAAUUUAACUAUUAUAAGUCAAAGAUCUAAUUUUCUAUGAAGAAGACUUUGAAAUUAAUAAGAAUGAUAUUAUUAAUGCUAUCUCUCCUCUUCUAUUAGAAUCACUUACAAUUAAACUUAAUCAAUUCAAUAUUUUAGAUCAAUUAUUGAUUAAUCUUAAAACUCUUAAAAAAAUAGAAAUAAGAAUGCCCAUCUAAAAUUCAGAAUUAGUAUUACUCACUUAAUUACCAAAUCUGGAAGAAUUACAUCUCAGAAUAUAAAAAAAAACAGAUGAAGAUCUUAAAUUAAGCUAAUUUCAUAAUCUACAUUCAAUUUCAUUAUAAUUACAAGGAAUGAAAUAUACAGAAGUUCUCUUAAUGUUACAAAACUCUCAUGAAACAUUGACUGAAUUAGAAAUUGAUGCAGAUGAAUAUGAUCAUGAUCAAAUGCUUUAAAUUGUUAAUUCAUUAAAUUAAGAUAUUAUCUAAAAACUGUACAUUUAUUACUUUAAUGAUUAUUCCAAUCAUAUCAUACUCAAAUUAAGUCAAUUUCAUAAAUUGAAUAAGUAUUUCAUUAUCAUUAACAUAUAGGUUAUCUAUUUAUAAAGCUUAAGAUAUUGAUGAACAUGCAAUGUUCUCAUUAUUCAACAAUAAACAAUUUCAUGAACUCAAUUUAAACUAAUGUGAUGGUAUUACAGAUCAAGUUCUAUAUUAAAUAGCUAAAAAUUGUUUAUUUUUAAAAUACAUCAACUUAUCCUGGAAUCUACAUAUUACAGAUUUAUGUGUCUCAAUAUUAUUAUCAAAUUGUAAAUAUCUAGAAGAAGUUUACUUAAUUGGAUGCAAACAAUUAACUAAUGAUUGUCUUCCCAAAAAUUUGCAUGGAUUAUUUUUAAAAUUAAGAAUAUUGAACUUUGAAUCAUGCAAUAAUAUGAAUGAUAAUGAGUUAAUGAAUUUAAAAAACUAAUUUAAGUAUGUUAAAAUUAUUAAUUAUUAUGGAGAUGAAAUUGAUAAAUUUUGA